GGCUGUCUCUCCAGGGAAUGGCUGCACUACCCAGCCGGACACAGCCGGGACUUGUAAAUUGUAGCAAAACUGAAACCAAGGCUCUAGAGCAGAUACAGGCCCUGUCAGCUAACAAGGAGAAUGAUAGAAUAGAGACCGCGAUAAGUCAACAUCAAACAGGCCAGUCAGAGUGUUAUUAAAGCAAACGCGAUCUUCUUAACAAAUUGACAAUACCUCUUAGCCUUUUCAAACUUACUCGACUUCGAUACUUAUGGCUCUAGUCUCUAGGCCAACACCAAACUAAAGACUUUCACAGCAGAGCAACGCAUCAUGUCUGUCCACAAGGAUUUGGAAAAGACGUCUGCAGCGUCCACAGCUGCCAGUGGUGGACCGGAUGUCCGUCAGGGGGAGGUUGAAAUCGCCAAUUACCUCGACGCGGGCAUUAAACGCGGCCUGAAGUCUCGCCAUAUACAAAUGAUUGCUCUUGGAGGCUCGAUAGGAACAGGCUUAUUCGUGGCAUCCGGAACAGUUUUGGCGACCUCAGGACCUCUUGCUUUGCUAUUGGGAUAUAUUAUCAUGUCUGUUGUUGUGUGGUCGGUCGUCAGUAUCCUUGCGGAGAUGACAACCUAUUUGCCUCUAAAAGGGAGCACCGUCCCGUAUCUGAUCAAUCGCUACCUGGAUCCCAGCCUGGCAUUUGCUGCGGGUUGGAAUUAUUGGUUCGCUCUUACGAUCCUUGUACCAGUUGAGGUGAAUGCUGCGGGGCUGGUGAUCCAGUACUGGACUUCAUCCGUAAACAUUGGCGUCUGGAUCACGAUAUUUCUAGUCGUUAUAAUUGGCCUCAAUCUGUUCGGGGUUGAGCUGUAUGGAGAGUCUGAAUUCUGGUUCUGCAGUAUCAAGUUCUUCACAAUUGUCGGCCUUCUGAUUCUCUCGGUGGUGAUCUUUUUUGGGGGUGUUCCGAAUUCUCAUGGUGUACUCGGGUUCCACUAUUGGAAGCAUCCUGGCGCAGUCAACGAGUACUUGGUCAGCGGUAAUACUGGACGGUUCCUUGCUGUCUGGAGCGCAAUAUGCAAAUCAGCACUGGCAUUCGUGUUUGCCCCAGAGCUACUCAUAACGACUGCUGGCGAGGUAAAGUCCCCGAGAAGGAAUAUCCCCAAAGCCGCGACACGAUUUGCAUGGCGUCUUAUCUUCUUCUAUGUCCUUUCAACUCUUGCUAUUGGCGUUAUCAUUCCAUCGAACGACAAGCAACUGCUUGGAGCGAUAAACGCUGGAGAUUCAACGGGCGCCGCGUCGCCUUUUGUAGCAGCUAUCUUGCAAUCUGGCAUUCAUGGCCUCGAUAGCGUUAUCAAUGCAGUUAUCCUAACCUCAGCGUGGUCGUCAGGGAACGCCUGGCUUUACGCAUCAUCACGAAACUUGUACACCCUUGCACUAGAAGGCCAUGCCCCUAGGAUUUUCGCUCGCACAACAAAGAAGGGAAAUCCGUAUGCGGCUGUCCUUGUCACUUCUCUCUUCUCUUCCCUCGCCUACCUUACUUGCUCGUCUACCGGUAUUACGGUAUUCAAUUGGUUCACCAGCUUAGCUACCAUCUCAGGUCUCAUCGCCUGGAUCAUCGUCUACUUCACCUUCCUGCGCUUUCGAGCCGCGUGCAAGUAUCGCGGUAUUAUCGAUAGCCUCCCGUUUAAAGCGGGCCUUCAACCAUACAUCUCUUGGUUUGGCAUAGUUAUUAGCGCCCUUGUGACUAUUUUCAAUGGGUUCUAUGUCUUCUUCCCGGGACAUUGGAAUACCUCUUCGUUCUUUACAGCGUACAUCUCAAUACCAAUAUUCUUGGUCUUUUACAUACCUCACAAGAUUUACUAUAGAACCCCGAUGUGGAUACCGCUUGAAUUAAUCGAUGUUCUGACCGGCAAAGAAGAAAUGGACCAAUUGGAGGCAGAAGAUGAACCUCGAGUUGCACGAAACUGGGCAGAGAAAGUCUGGUUCUGGGUGGCCUGA